AUGGCGAGAUUUUAAAGUCUGAUUGAACUUCGUAGCUGCUCUAAGGAUUAGCUUGCGAUAAUUUAUUAGAGAAGUCUUACCAGUAUUAGGAACUCCAUGUAGGAUAAUCCCACCUCUAUCGAUUCUUGUAUGAGAAUCAAACAUUUGCUAAUUGCAUUUACAGCAUCAAAGAGAUAUCAUUUACAGGCUACUUAGCUGCAACUAGUUGAAUACUCUAUCAAGACUUCACCAAUCCCAACCCUACUCAAGGCCUUUCUCAAGUUCUUGGGAAUGAAAAAUCUAACAGUCUAAUAUAGAUUAACCCACACUCAAUGGUUAGUUAGUUUUAGUAAUAUGGCUAGUUAAGUAUUGGCAGGAGCUCAAGUUCUUCGAGCCCCUUUGCAUCCAUGA